AUGCGCGUCUCGGAUUUUUCCGGUCAAAUCCUCAUCAACAUCACGACGAAAUCGAUGGAGAAACUGUUGGAACUGCUCGGCUACAAGGGCAUCGAACAGUGGCAUCAGUUCAGAUCGCCCAAUGAGCAGUAGGCUUUUUCUAUGGAUGUUUCAAAUCUUCAACGUUUUUUUUUGCCAGUAAAAACUACAUCUUCCGAUCGAUAAUGAUCGAAAUUGAGCGGUAUCGCGACGAAUGGGAGUGUACCGACGUGACCGACGUCGAUUGGACCGAUUACGGAGAGUAUUUGCUCGAGAAAGUGAGCAAAACCAUGUUUACAGCAAUUCUGCAAAUUUUCAGGAAGCGAAAACGCUGAAAUCGAAAAAGUGA